GGCACGCGUGCUCGCCCAAGACGGAGAACCACAAGCCCCAGCGGGCCCUGCGAUUGUACGCAAGCGCGCUGGGAAAGUGUAUACGUAGCUUCCGGGUGCGGUUGAUUGACGGCUGGUCCCGGGAGCUGCAGAAGCCACCGGAGGUCGAAGGCAGUGAGCGGAUGAGCCUAGCGGCAGGCGGUCCCAUCCGAAGGGCGAUGGCCACGGCCGUCCGGGACCCCAGGCGCCCCAUCGAGAGCGCCUUGAGAGAGAAGAUUCAGCAGGCGCUAGCCCCCGCCCACCUGGAGGUGCUGAACGAGAGCCACCGGCACGCUGUCCCUCCCGGCUCGGAGACCCACUUCAAGGUAGUGGUGGUGAGCCCGCGCUUCGAGGGGCUGCCCCUCCUCCAGCGACACCGGCUGGUACAUGCGGCCGUCGGCCAGGAGCUCGCUGGCCCUGUCCAUGCCCUCUCCAUCCACGCCAGGACUCCCCAGCAGUGGGCAGACGAUGCCCACGUUGACAGGAGCCCACCCUGCCUCGGGGGGUCCAAGCAUGACAGCAGGAGGGUGGGGCAGGGAGACCACACCCCCACACCAUCCGCUGACUGAGUACUGAGUCAACAAAUAAACACUGGACACUAUGUACUCUUGACAGUCUUAUGGUCUCCAUACCCCCUCCCUCUCCCUCCCCCUAUCCUAUUCUUCCUCCCUGACCCCCUCCUCUCCCUCCCAUCCCCCCUUCUACUCUCCCUCCUCCUACGCUUCCUCUCCCUCCCAUCCCCCUCCUUCUACUCUCCCUCUCCCUCCGCAUCCUCCUAUUCUUCCUCCCCAACCCCCUCCUCUCCCUCCCAUCCCCCUCCUUCUACUCGCCCUCCUAUCAUUCUCCCCUCCCCCUCUCUCCCUCUUGCUCCCCCCUCUCCCUUCCCCUCCCCUUCCUAACCCUCUUACUUUGCUUCUCACCCCUGCCUCCCUCUCUUCCACUUCCUCUCUCUCCCCUCCAUACCUCGCUACUCUUCCCUCUUCCACCCCCUCCCAUUUCCUAUCUCCCCUUCUCUCCUCCCCCUCCCCUCUCUUCCACCCCUUCUCUCCCCACCCUCACAAGCAAGGAUGUAAUUCUGAGGUUUCAUCAGGCCUCACUGCAGGGUAGUGAGCAGUUUUGGGCCCCUCACCUGAGAAAGGAAGUGCUGACAUUUUGGUGAGGGUUCAGAGGCGGUUCAUGAGAUUGGAGGGGGUUUCAUAUGAGGAGUGAUCGAUGGCUUUGGGCUCUUACUCACUGACAUCCAGAAGAAUGAAGGGAAUCUCGUUGAAACCUAUCGGGGCACCUUCAUGACGGUGUUUCCAUCGCAAGCUAUUCUUGUUUUAACGAGGCCGAGUUGCUAGCUCGACGCUCAACCCGACUCGGAUUCGAACUCAGGAACCUUCGCUCCGGAGUCCGUAUUAUUGCGCCACCAAGCGGGACUCAUUGAAACCUGGUGAACAUUGAAAGGCCUAGAUGGAUGGUGUGGAUGUGAAGAGGAUGUUUCCUGUGGUGGGGAGUCUAGGAGCAGAGGGCACUGCCUUGGAAUAGAGGGACGUUUCGUUAAUGAGGGAGGUCACACUGUUUAUUUUUUUUAAAACGUUUUUUUAUUGUAUUUCAAGUAGUUACAAAAUAAAAGUAUGAAAAAAAAAUGUAUAGGUCACACUGUUUCAAACAGACUGUAACUGCAUGUUCCAACAUCUGUGAAUGCACAACAGAUUGAAUUUUAAAGCAGAAGACCGUCCUGGCUUCCCCGCCCGGACCUCAUAAUGAGAUUCAUUUCUUUAAAACAAAACAACAGAGCUUGUUGAACAACCAGUGUGCAAAAGAAGACAAAGAAUAAAAAACAAGUAAAUAACUGCGGCUGAGAACGCGAGUCCUCGAAAGUGAGUCCCAUCGGCUGUGGGAACAGUCCAGCGUUGAGACUGUUGGGGAGUUUCCAGGUCUUGGAUUCCUUUAGAUGUUCAGAGGGGUUUUGGUGAGGGUCCACAGCCCCUUGCAAGUGGUUGCACAGGUUGAUGGGGUGGGAGCGAAGGCAGGACCAGAAUCAAGUUUAACAUUCAGGAUUGUUUAAUGUCAUUUCUGUACAUAAGUGGGUAAGGAGAACAAAAUAAUUGUUACUCCAGAUCAGACCAAAAAAAAACCCACAAAAGACAAUAAUAUUAUCAAAAAUAAUAAUAUUUAAAACAAUAAAUAUAAAUACAUAAGAGAACUUGUGUAUGUAGAUUGAUUGUAUGCCCUUAAAGGGCUGUGCAGAAGGUGACUGACUGGAAAUGAUGACGUCAUGGUGGAGAUGUUGACUGGGUCUUACUGCUUGAGGAAGGAAGGUCACUGGUGUAUGUAAUGAAGUUUGUUGUUUUGCAGCAGCAGUACAUAGAAACUAUAAAUGAUGAUAAGUAUAUAGAAAAAAAAGAAAAUUUAAUUAAAUAAUCGGAAAAUGAAGGAAGAAU